UCCAAGGUGACAGCACGUGGGACGGUAUGAACAAGCUGGAGCUGGACGACGGCAUGGUUGCCGGCAACGGCGACGUCGGACAGCGCACCGCCGUGGCAACUUUGAUGCCACCCGCUGCUACUCAUGUUCCUGUUGCCUCCACCAUGGGUGCCGCCGGGGGCUUAUUCACAGCGGCGCAAUGGGUGGAGCUGCAAUGGCAGUCGCUCAUCUACAACCACAUGGCGGCAUCGUCGCCCAUCCCCUCAUACCUCCUCUUCUCCAAUAUCAACCCGGCAGCCGCCGCCGCCGCGCCUACCCAAGCUCCGUCGUCGUGCUACUGCUGCUACAACACCCCCCUGCUUGUCCACCAUUACCAGGCCCAGCAGGCAGCGCAGAUGUCCAUGCUGCUGCAGUGCAUGCAGCAGGCGGUGGCGCGGAGGAGGUGCGGCCGUACAGACGGCAAGAAGUGGCGCUGCGCCAGGGACGCCGAACCCGACCAGAAGUACUGCCAGCGCCACCUGAACCGCGUCGGCCGGACACGGCCACCUCCCCCUGCAAGAAAGCAACAGCACCAGCAUGCAGCUGCUGCGGUGGAUGCUCAUCAUCGUGACCGGAACAAGACUGCCAUGACCGCCUCUGCGGCCACUCAUACCAGUCAUGGUAACAAGUCUUCCGGGAAUGCGAUGCGGGAGGACGACGACGACUACUCGCGAGGCCUCUUGGACUUCACCGGUGGAGUUUGCCUCCCGGAGCAGCGAGAGAACCGGCUCAGCCUCAACUACGACAACAUUGCCGAGCUCUACUGCAAUAGGCAGGUGGCCGCCACGCCCACGGCCCCAGCAUCGGCGGCGGCGUCAGCAACGGCCAUGGACGACGACGCCAUCGAUCAUGGGGCAGCAGCAACCUGGGUGGGCAUCGGGGGACCCCUCGGCGAGGCUCUCGGUCUCGCCGUAGAGAUUCAGUGGCCUGCUGGCUCCACCUAGCUCCAUGCAUGAUGCUCUAGAGCAAGUCGAAGUGUAUCCGUACCGGCGUGUACCUCUAGGCUAGGCUACUACCGGAGUACUACUGUAGGAAAGGGGUUCAAAAUAGCAAGUUCUUUUUUCUUAAAUCUGAGAGUGCU